UCGGAGUUUUUUAGGGUUUUUUCACUAGAUUGAAUUCUAGAGAGGGCGUAACCUUAACUAUCCUUGUAUUGGAAUGUUUCUAGAACCUUCAGACUCCAAAAAUCGACGGAUUUAAUACCAAAUUCAACCAUGGAUUAGUUCCGGAAGUAAACAUAAGUUCCGAAAUGCGGGUAAAGCUUACAUAUUUGACUUUUUGAAUGGCAAAAUGAUCUAGAAAUUACUAAGCAUUGAAAUAUUAUAAAAGGAGUGAAAUUUCCAGAUAUAAUUCAAUUAGUUAGACAAGACAUCGAUAAUACUCUUAACAAAAUGUCUAAUACAACUUUAAACACCAAAUCUACUUACAAAUUGAACAAUGGGAAAGAAAUCCCCAUCGCUGGGUUCGGCCUUUACUUGACCGAACCUGGUGAAACUGCAACCAUUACCUACAAUGCAUUGAAGGUUGGCUACAGACACAUUGACUCUGCUGCUUAUUACCAGAAUGAACAAGAAUCUGUUGAUGGAAUUGCCAAGUUCUUAGCUGAUUACCCAGAGGUCAAGCGUGAAGAUAUCUUUUACACUACCAAAUUGGAAGUUAGUCGCCAAGGUUAUGAACAAGCAAAGCUUGCCAUUUCUGAAUCACUUGAAAAGGCGGCCAAGAUUGAAUACAUUGAUUUAUACUUGAUCCAUGGUCCGCUUGCUAGUAAGGCUGAUAGACUUGGUGAAUGGAAGGCGUUACAAGAAGCAGUACAAGAGGGAAAGAUCAAGUCCAUUGGUGUUUCUAAUUAUGGUGUAUCUCAUUUACAAGAAUUAUUGGAUUGGGAAGGAUUAACUAUUAAACCAACUGUCAAUCAAGUUGAAUUACAUCCAUUCUUACCAAGACAUGAAUUUAGAGAAAUUGCAAAGAAGAAUGACAUCUAUCUUGAAGCUUACGCACCAUUGACUACUGCUAAGAAGUUUGAUGACCCUGACGUGCAAGCAGUUGCCAAGAAGCAUAACUACACUCCAGCACAGGUUUUGUUGAGAUGGUCUUAUGAUCAAGGGUUUAUCGUUUUGGCCAAGACUACUAGUAUUGAACGUACUAGGGACAACUUUGAAGUCUUAGACAAGGUUACUCUUGAUGAAGAGGAUUUCAAAACUCUUGACAAGCCAGAUGCAUAUGAACUUACUUCAGGAUGGCCAUUUGACCCAACUACCUAUGUUGAUGAAGCUGAUAAAUAGUUAAUUUAGUGAAUGUGACGAUUUUUAAAAUUGUACCUCUAAUAGGAUUUAUAUUGGAA